AUGCUACGCAUAGUGGAAGUAGGCGUAACUGGCCUUGUAGGAUCUCACAUCCUGACUACUCUCCUUGCACAACCCUCCAUCUCAACAGUCCACGCCUACACCCGCAAAGACAUACCAGCAGCAAACCCCAAACUCACAGCCAUCCAUAACAAGGAUUCAACCACAUGGUCUUCACUAUUCCCCAACAACACACACAUAUUUUUCUCAGCGCUAGGGACAACGCUUGCCCAAGCCGGAAGCUUGGAAAACCAACGAAAAAUCGACCUCAACCUUAACUUGGAACUAGCUCAAGCUGCAAAGAACGCAGGAGUGGAAACAUAUGUCCUCAUCUCAUCAGGCCAGCCUAAUGUGAAUAGCCGACUAGCAUUUCUGCGUAUGAAAGGCGAGCUAGUUGAAGCAGUCAAGAACUUGGGUUUCAAGCAUACUAUUAUCUUACAUCCUGGCCUCAUUGUGGGCGACAGGCGGGAUAGUCGACCAAUGGAGGCUGUUGUCAGGGGGAUUGCGAGUUACCUGGGGAAGUUCCAAAAUGGAGCUCUCAUGCACCCUUGGGCACAGCAUGCUGAAAUAAUCGCGGGAGUGGCUGUGAGUGCAGGGUUGCAGGCUGCGGUUGGUAAGAGGGAACCAGGGGUGUGGGCUUUGCAGCAAGCGGACAUUGUUCGGCUGGGAUUUACGGAAUGGAAUGAACCAGUUGAGCGUGGAGAGGGGCAGAUCAGUGCUUGAAAUCUCGGUAGAUUGAGGUGUAGCAUGCAGAUUUCAUCCAUCAACUUUGG